AUGCCACACCUUGAUGGCUCCGCCAACAUCAUCGCGGAUGAACGACCCGUGCCCGUCGACUCCGGCGGCGCUUCUGCCUCACAACAAGAUCUUGACCAGAUUUGGAGUUGGAAUGCUUCGAUACCACCUCCUAUACAAGGCUGCGUCCACCAUCUCAUUGCAGACGUAGCUCAGAGUCAGCCUGACGCUCCGGCGGUUUGCGGAUGGGAUGGAGACUUUACCUAUUCACAGCUGCACAUUUUGGCCAACGAAGUCGCCCAGCGCAUUCUCCAGUCCGGCAUUGAGCCAAAGUCAAGAAUACCGAUAUUGUUUCCUAAAUCAAAAUGGACUUGCGUCGCCAUGCUGGGCGUCAUCAACGCAGGCUGCAGCGCAAUUGCGCUUGAUGGCACCCAGCCUGAUACAAGGCUACGAUCAAUUGUCCACCAGUCUCAACCCAGAAUCAUCAUUGCAUCAGCAACAUUUGCUUCUAGAGCGUCUCUACUGGCAAAUGUGCAAGUGCUCCAACUCGAUGACGACUUAUUGGAUGUCUUAGUGCUCCCAAGAGAGGAGGAGUCGCCCGCGCUGCCUGCUGUCUCACCAUCUGAUACUGUCUAUAUUUCCUUUACUUCAGGAACUACGGGUCAGCCGAAAGGCGCAUGCAUUAGCCAUUCAAAUGUCAGAAGCACCGUUCACUACCAAGGCAAGGAGCUUGGGUUUCAUCGAGGAUCUCGCGUAUAUGACUUUGCACCCUAUUCAUUCGACGUGGCAUGGAGCAAUUUUCUCCACACGUUAUGUGCGGGAGGCUGCCUUUGCGUUGCUGCGGAGCAAGAUAUGGUGAACGACCUUUCAUCUUCAAUCGCGAAUUUCAGCGCGACCUUGAUCAACAUCACGCCAACUAUUUUGCGAACAAUAAGUACAAUACCUCCAACACUGGAGACUGUACUUUUGAGUGGCGAAAUGCCGUAUCGUCAAAAUGUGACUGAUUGGGCUGGGCGAGUGAGGCUGCUUAACACAUAUGGGCCUACCGAAUGUACAUUCAAAUGCGCCUUCUCCGUCUUGAGCAAGGACCUGAAAAGUCGCCCUGACAUUGGGGUAGGAGUCGGGUUUUCUACGUGGGUCGUCCACCCCGAUGACAGCAAUUGCCUUGUCUCUGUAGGGUCUGUUGGCGAACUGUAUCUCGAAGGCCCGAUGGUCGGCCAGGGAUAUUUGUCGGACCAAGCAAAGACGGCGGCAGCAUUUAUCAGUGACCCUACGUGGCUAGCUGCUGGAAGCAACAAGCAUCCCGGCCGGCGUGGCAGACUUUACAAGACUGGUGACCUUGUGAAAUACAGAUCUGACGGCAAACUACUGUUCGUGGGCCGGAAGGAUGCGUCGCAGCUGAAAAUCAGGGGCCAAAGGGUCGAAAUUGGCGACGUUGAGCAUCAUGUGCGGGCUUGCCUAGACGACUCUCCUCCCAUCAUCGUUGAUGUGAUACAACCUCGGCGAAGCGAGACAUCCACCUUGGUCUUGUUUGUCUUAACCAAAGACACCGAUGCUGGACAGGUCAAGCAGAGGCUAGACGUCCUCGCAGACGGGUUAAGGGACGUGCUGCCAGCCUUCAUGAUCCCUAGCGUCUACCUGCCGAUUGAUGAUAUACCCGUUGCCUCGACUGGGAAGGUGGACCGUCGCGCGUUGCGCCAAAUGGGGAGCUCUCUGUCGUGGAACGAGAUCGUUGCGUGGCAAUCAAGGCUUUUGUCGACUGGGGACUAUUCUAAACCUUCCACUGACAGGGAGAAACAGCUUAGCAGGAUAUGGGCAGAUGUCUUAAACUUAGACGCAGGACUUAUCAGCACAACUGAUCGUUUCCUUCGCCUUGGAGGGGACUCGGUAGCUGCAAUGCGUGUAGUUGCAAAAGCUCGAGAAAGUGGCUUCUCGUUGACUGUUGCAGACAUUUUCACCGGCUCAACCCUCGGUGAUCUCGCUCAGAUGACCCUGAACCGGCCCAUAACUGUUGGCAUUGACAUCAUCAAGCCGUUCUCCAUGCUGACUGGGGCAAGGAGCGCUACAGAUAUCUGCGAGGAGAUUGCAGACCUAUGUGGCAUUGACACGACUCAGAUUGAGGACGUGUUCCCAUGCACGCCUCUGCAGGAAGGUCUACUGGCAAUGACGAACAAAGUCGACAGCACAAUGAGCAUGGAUUACGUUUCCCGAACUGCUUUUGAUUUACCAAAAACCAUCAACAUUGGGCAGCUACAGAAGGCAUGGGGUAGUACCGUCACAUGUACACCGAUUCUACGAACAAGGAUCGUGGACGUAUCUGGAGAGGGACUUGUACAAGUCAUCGUUACGGACAAGAAUACGCAGCUUCGGCAGUUUCGGGAUAUCGAUAACUUCAUGGGCGUCGCAGAGACCAUGGGCUUAGGGGCUCCCCUUUGCCGAGCAGGCUUGAUAAAGGGCGAGCCGUUUCGUCUCGUCCUUGAAAUGCAUCACGCAAUUUUUGACGGAUGGUGUAUAGCGCUUAUACUGAAUUCCCUAGAGGCUUACUAUCAGCAGGGAGGGAAAAGGGUACAGCCCCUUGAACCCUUUCAACCAUUCAUCAAGCACGUGCUGUCUUCAAACUGCCAAGAAGCGUCAGACUUCUGGAGAUCACAGUUCUCCAAUUUGGAUGCCACCAUUUUCCCAGCUCCAGGAUAUGUGCCAGAGGAGAAGCUUGAUAUAAGUCAUCGCGUCACCAGACUGCAGUGGCCACGCACCGGCAUUACACCGUCAUCGAUCAUACAUUCGGCACUUGUACUACUUCUCGCGUCGUAUACCAACUCCAACGAUGUCAAGUAUGGAGUUACUGUAAGCGGCAGACAAGCGCCCGUUCCUGGCAUAGAACGCAUUGCCGGUCCUACAAUUGCCACGAUUCCUGUGCGAACCAAGUUUCAGUGGGACUAUACUGCAGAGAAUCUCCUGCAACAAAUACAACAGCACGCCGUUGAGCUCUCGGUCUAUGAACAGUUUGGUCUCCAGCGUAUUCACCGUGCCCAGGGCGAAAAUGAAGACGCAAGCCAAUUCCAAGUCCUCCUCGUUAUCCAACCCGCUACGCGAGAAACGGGCGAAGAAAAAGAUGGCCUGUUUUCCCAACCAAAGAGCAUAAUUGUUAGGCCCAACAUGGAGGUCUCGAUGACUUCGUUCAGCCUGGUUGCUAAAGACGGACAAGAUGAAAGCCUGGGCGGCUAUAACUCGUAUGCAUUGCUGAUUAUUUGUCAUCUAGAUGGCUCGGGAGUAACGCUCAAGAUGAACUAUGAUUCAGGCGCCAUCAAAGAGACGCAAGCCCAUCAUUUUGCCCAUCAGUUCGAGCACUUGCUCAGACAACUCUGCACCGAACAACCGGCCAAGAUUACGUUGCGCGAUAUUUCCGCCAGCAGCGAGCGCGAUGUCCAGCAGCUAUGGGAAUGGAACACGACUUCGUCGGAGCCAUCCGAUGAACUGGUAACAGACAUGAUAGACCAGCAGAUUCUAUGCCGCCCAAACGCCACCGCCAUUUCGGCGGGAGAUAGACAAUUCACCUAUCGACAGUUAGAGAGUACUUCAAACCGUCUGGCGUCCCGUCUCCAGGCAGAAGGUGUCAGUCCCGGUUCUAUUGUCGUACUAAGCUUCGAGAAAUCGCCAUGGAUGGUUGUAUGCAUGAUAUCCGCCCUCAAAAUGGGAGCAAUCGUGCUGCCAAUGUCUGCACCCCUGUCAAGCAAUCGGGCACAGGCUGUCGUCGACAAGCUACAGCCUGCCAUCGCAAUCGUGGCAGACUCGUCUGAUGCAUCUCGGUUCCAGGGGCUCAUACCAGCCCUGCUUCUCACUGAGCUGACUGAAACUGGCGAUGAGGAGUGGCAUCGAGUAUUAUUGCCGCGGGAGAGCCGCCCUUCGGACCCCGCCCUCAUACUCUUCACCUCUGGCUCAACUGGCACGCCCAAGCCGAUCUUAUGGAGCCACAGGACUCUGUCCACAAACAUCCAGGCAGCCAUCAAUUCUUUCAACAUUACUGCCAGUAGCAGGGUGUUCCAGUUCGCUGGCUACGAGUUCGAUGUCAGUACGGUGGAAUCGCUUGCAACAUUAGCGGUAGGAGGAUGUUUGUGCGUUCCGUCCGAGUCAGACAGGACGAACCGACUCGCCGGAGCGAUUAAUGAUGCAAGGUCAAACUGGCUAUGUCUGACGCCUUCUGUGUCUGAAAGUCUCGGUCCCGACGAAGUGCCCUUGUUGAAAACCUUGGUUUUUGCAGGUGAAAAGCUGCAGCGCAAGGCUGCGUUCAGGUGGGCGCAAAAGCUCGACUCUGUAUAUAAUUGGUACGGGCCAGCGGAGGCCUCCGUUGCAACGUCAUACUUGGUCGAUGAGAAGACAUGGAAAAACGGUAUCGUCGGCACGAGCAAGUUCGGCAUCACUUGGCUUGUCGAUCCAAAAAACCCUAAUAUUUUGGCUGCAAUCGGUACAAUCGCAGAACUAUGUAUCGAAGGACCAAUUCUCGCAAGCUACGCGGGUAAAGAUGGACUCAGGUUAAACGAAGAGGCUUUCCUUUCUCCAGUUUGGCUUUGUCGCGACACCCAUGAAUCAACUCCAGUACGUGGGCGUCUUUAUCGAACCGGUGAUCUGGUGAAGUAUGACGCAGAUGGAAGCAUUCUCUUUCUCAACCGCAAACAAGACUCACAGAGAAAGAUCAGAGGGCAGAGAAUAGAUCUGAAUGAGGUCGAAAUGUGCGCCCAAACUUUUCUAUCAGUCCGUCGAGACGUGGCAGUGGUGGCUGAAAUCAUUUCUCCGUCCGACAGCGGCAAUGACACCUUGGCUUUGUUUAUCAGUCCUACCGGCUCCCUGGAUCAGAUGGGAGAUGUUGCAAACUUCAUCAAGCAGGUUGUGCCGGCCGACCAACUAGAGGCGGAAAUGGCGAACCACCUCCCGUCCUUCAUGAUACCUAGGGUCUACAUCCCCAUCGACCAGAUUCCCAUGAACCACUCCGGAAAGGCAGAUAGGCAGCGGUUGCGCCUUUUUGGGAGUUCUUUAACCCACGAAGAAAUAGCAUCUAUGCAGCCUUUUCGCCGGGAAACACGAAAGCCAUCCGGGGCGAUGGAAACGAAGCUGCAGCAGUUUUGGUGCCAGAUCAUAGGCAUCGACCGCGAUGCCAUAGUUGCCAAUGACAACUUUUUCCGCCUAGGGGGAGAUUCCAUUGGGGCCAUGCGGCUGGUAGCAACCGCUCGCAAACAAGGCUUGCUGCUGACUGUGGCAGACGUCUUUGAGGCGCCGCAGCUCGAGAAAAUGGCACUCAGGAUAACGAGCGACAGUACCUCUCCCGAAGAAGAGUUACGCCCAUUCUCACUCCUGGGAAAUGGCAUAGGUGAGGCUGAGAGUCUGUCGUAUGCUGCUACGCUGUGCUCAGUCCCGGAAGCCAAAGUUGUUGACAUUUACCCAUGCACAUCGCUCCAGCAAGGCUUACUGGCCCUGGGGGCCAAGAAGCCUGGUCAAUACAUUUCACGGAGUGUGCUAGGGCUACAAGCUGACGUUGACGCCGAUCGACUUCAACGGGCAUGGCUGGCUACGGUUCGAAAAUUGCCGAUACUGAGAACGCGAAUCGUCGAUUUCCCCGACCAGGGGCUGGUGCAGGUAGUCCUCGAGGAUUCCUCUAUGCGGUCCGGCCCGGACGUUGAUUCUUAUGUUCGCAACGAUGAACUGGAGCCUAUGGGCCUGGGGACAGAAUUAUGCCGGGCGGCCAUUAUAGACCGCAACUUUAUCUUGACGAUACAUCACUGCACUUAUGACGGCUAUUCAUUGAAGGUGAUCCUUGAUGAGAUAGAGUCGCAGUAUCUUGGCGAGCCUGGAUUAACGGUUACACCUUUCCAAAACUUCAUCCAUCAUAUCAGUCAAAUAAGUUCCCAACAGGCAGCAAGUUUCUGGGAAGGCCAACUUGCCAACUUGGAGCCUCGACAGUUCCCAUCUCUGCCAUCGUCAGACUACCAGCCGCAGGCGAACGAUCAUCUUGAGCGUUCCAUAUCGCUGGAGUGGCCACGCACAGGGACCACGCCGUCGACUAUAUUACGUUCCUCUUGGGCGCUUUUGGCAGCUCAAUACACUUCAUCUGCUGAUGUGAUGUUCGGCCUGACAGUCAGUGGGCGACAAGCAAGCCUAAGGGGCAUAGAACACUGCGUUGGCCCGACAAUAUCGACAGUGCCUAUCGCCAUUUCGAUUGAUUGGGACGAGACAGUUGCGUCUUUCCAUGAGCGCCUGCAACGCCAAAUGAUAGAAAUCACACCGUAUGAGCAGUUCGGCUUACAGAAUAUUCAACAACUCCGUAAUCGCCUGGAGUCCUCAUUCCUCCAGACUCUGCUUGUGGUUCAGCCUGUGGCCGAAGGAAAGAGUCUGCACGAAGAUAGCCUACUCACGCAGGGCACUGAUCCCUUUAACACGUACGCUCUGAUGAUCAUUUGCGAGCUAGUCGCAGAUGGGGUGCACUUACGGAUAAGCUUUGACAACAACAUCCUGAGCAAGCGGCAAAUGGAUCGCAUGACGAGUCAGUUCGAGACUGUGCUCCGACAGAUGUGCUCAGAGGAUAUGAUAGCGGCCAAGCUGGACGCUAUUCAGACAGCAAGCAGUGAAGACCUGGACUUCUUCUGGAGCCAAAAUCUGGAGCUCCCUGCCAAGACAAGCACGUGUGUUCAUGAAAUGAUAUCGCAAGCAGCAGGAGAGUACCCGGAUAAGAUAGUCAUUGAUGCCUGGGACGGACGGUUUUCGCACCGGGAACUCGACGACCUAUCAACCGCUCUUUGUCGAAAGCUGAUGCAGUGCGGAGUUGCGAAAGGCUCCGUCAUCGCUCUGUUCUUUGAAAAGUCGAAAUGGGUCGCUGUAGCUCAACUUGCUGUUCUUAAAGCAGGUGCCGUGAGUAUGUUGCAGUCCGUCAACGUUCCGGACCGUCGACUUGCCACCGUGUUCGAAGUUGCCAAAGUCCAGUUGGCAGUGGUCUCUCCGUCUCUUGUGGACAUUAUAUCUCGGCAUGUUCGCUGCUUUACUACCGAAAAGCUCCUGGCAACGCCCGAUUCAAGCAUACCAAUGCGGCUACCAGCAGUCCAAACGAGCGAUCCAGCUGCCAUCUUGGUCUCGUCUGGCAGCACAGGAGAGCCAAAACAGAUACUCUGGAGUCAUGAAGCACUUGCUGGAAAUGUAAGAGCGCAUAGUAAACAUCUGUCUAUUGACGCAUCCUCGCGGAUCUUCCAGUUUGCAUCAUACGACUUUGACGUCGGCACCAUCGAAGUCAUGUCUGCUCUUGCCAGCUCAGGGUGUGUAUGCAUUCCGUCGGAAUCUCAGAGGCUGGAUAGUUUACCAGCCACUAUCAGCAGCUUCAAAGUCAACCACAUCAACGUCACUCCAUCGGCGGCCCGACUUCUUCGUCCUGAAGAUGUCCCCUGCCUGUCAUCCCUCGUAUUCGCUGGCGAGAACCUUACUCGGCAGGACACCGAGAAGUGGAAGGGCAAAAGCCAACGAAUCAUCAAUUGGUACGGACCUGUCGAGUGUUCUGCAGCCGCUUUCUGCGCCGUUGACGACGAAACUUGGAAAAGCGGUGUUAUUGCGCGAAUUAACUCGAACAAUCCCAGUUUCUGCUGGCUCGUUGACCCAAGAAAUUGCAACAGGUUAGUGCCUUUCGGCGCGGUCGGCGAGAUUGCGCUGGAAGGGCCCGUUUGCGCUGAUGGUUAUCUUGGGAAUCGGACAAGAACCGAGCUUUCAUUCUGCAGAGAUCCGGGCUUCAUGAAAUUGGGGCGGAGAACAGAGUAUCCAGGAAGAUCUGGGCGCAUCUAUCGUACGGGCGACCUAGCCAAGUAUGACGACAAUGGCGAUCUCAUCUUCAUGGGUAGGAAAGACUACCAGCUCAAGAUUCGUGGUCAACUUGUGGCUCCGCAAGAGGUGGAACAGUCCAUACGGCGGUGCAUCUCUGAUAAGGACAAUGUCCAGAUAGUAGUCGACGCAGUCGUGCCGAAACACAGCGGCAACCUCACCCUGGUUGCAUUCGUCGAUGCUCCUACCCAAGAUGAAAUGGAGAGACUGGUGGCUGGAUUAAAUGACAAGCUCAAAGCUGUCUUGCCGGCAUAUGCUAUCCCCUCUUACUACAUACCAGUUACCGCCAUGCCGACGACGCAGACUGGGAAGAGAGACCGCACUCGACUGCUGCAGAUUGGCGCCGAGUUCAACCCUCCCCGUGCAGAGUCCGCCAGCACUUGGAAAGAGCCGACGACUGCGGCGGAGCUGAGACUCAGAGAGCUAUGGUCACUUGUUCUUGGGAUAGACGCCAGGAAGAUCUCAGCAAAUGAUAGCUUUCUCAGAUAUGGCGAUUCCAUCCAGGCCAUGCGCUUGGUCGGACUUGCCAGUCAGCAAAACUUGUUGUUAACAGUGGCCGGGAUCUUUCAGCACCCAGUCUUGUCGCAUAUGGCAAAGCAUCUUCCGACAGAAGACCAGGACUAUCACAAGAAUAUCACCGCCCCUUAUACACUCCUUGCUAAAACAUCAGCUCUCGAGUUCCUGCGUGGGCAAGCAGCUUUGCUAUGCCACAUUGCGAAGGAAGAUGUCGAAGAUCUGUUUCCUUGCACGCCAUUACAAGAAGGGCUACUAGCCCUCACCACGAAAUGUAAGGGGGACUACACCGGUCGCAACGUUUGGAAACUGAAGCCAUCGAUCGACAUCGCUCGUUUCAAGCGGGCAUGGGAACGAGUGGUACUGACGCUGCCUGUUCUACGGACACGUAUUGUCGAUCUGCCAGGACAAGGCCUGUUACAGGUUAUUGUCCGCGAAACCCAGUGCUGGACUGAUGCAUAUAGCAUUGAAGAAUACCUCCGAGAGGAAGAACAACUUCCCAUGGGGCUUGGACUUCCCCUCAUGAGAUGCGUGUUAAUUCCAAGUCGUCAAGAAAGUAUCUCGCUUUCUGUCGACAGCUACUUUGCCUUGACGAUGCACCAUUCCAUCUAUGAUGGUCAUGCUGCACCGUUAAUAUUGGAAGCAUUAGAGCACUUCUACCAGGGUGAAGGGUCCUUUAUCCACCGUCCCUUUCAAGUCUUUGUCGAGUAUAUCGGCGCUAGAGACAAGAAUGCAGAGGCCAGCUUCUGGAGUGAUCAGUUCAAGGACUUGGAGGCUUCGCAGUUUCCUGUCUUACCGUUCCCAACUUACCAGCCACGGACAACUUCUGUUCUAUCUCAUGCCAUCCAGGAAGUAUCCUGGAGAAGUGAUGACAUAACACCUUCCACAGUGGUGCGAACAGCAUUCGCCCUCCUAUGCUCACAAUACUCCAAUUCAACGGAUGUCGUAUUCGGAACAGUUGUGGAUGGACGCAAGGCGCCUGUCAAAGGGAUUGAGAGACUGGCAGGUCCCACAAUUGCCACUGUGCCCAUAAGAGCAAAGGUUGAUGGUGGAAGCAUUAUCGAGUUGCUUGAAGCGGUGCAGCGCCAAGCAAUUGAGAUGAUCCCUUACGAACAAACGGGCCUAUCCGCAAUACGCCUGAUCAGCGAGGAAGCGCAGCAAGCGUGCCAAUUCCAAUCUUUUCUGGUCAUACAGCCCCAGGAACAAACGUCGAGGGGCAGCGCGUUGUUUGUUUCCACUAGGGGCCACGAUGAUCUCGAGAUGGGAAAUCAUCGCUACCAUGGAUUCGUCUCGUAUGCGCUUUCUCUCAUCGCCACCCUAGCUGAGGAUGAACUGCAAUUGGAGUUCUGCUUUGACUCUGCCGCCAUCGAGGUCGAAACGGUACAGAGAAUGGCAACGAGCUUUCAACAGUUGCUGAAGAAGCUGUGCUCCCAUUCUAUGGAUGCGGCUCCAGCUGGCGAAGUCAUGAUAGCAACAGAUCAAGACCUCAACGAGAUAUGGGAGUGGAAUGCCGAUCGGCCGGAAAUCAUUCCAGCAUGCGUCCAUCAUCUCAUCGAAGAGAUUGCCCAGGCGCAGCCUGGUGCCACGGCAGUUUCGGCAUGGGAUGGUGAGUUGAGCUACGAGCUUCUCGACCGCCUCGCCAACGCCGUCGCCUACCGCUUAAUUGAGAUGGGCGUUGAGCGCAAUAUGAUCGUUCCAGUCUGCUUCGAGAAGUCCAAGUUCGCCAUAAUAGCGUUUCUGGGUGUUAUCCAAGCAGGAGGCGCUGUGCUUCUCCUAGAUCCCACCUUACCGGGAUCGCGCCUCGACGCUAUGAUGAAACAAGUGAAUCCGAAGCUGGUGGUCACUUCUGCUCUUCAAAGCAAACUCGGUGCUUCCUUUGGUGUGGAAACUCUGAUCGUUGGAGGCAGCUCGAGCUUCAUUCAAGACGCUAUGACUGAAAAGGCUGCCAAACAGCUGCCAUAUGUUAGCCCCGCUGACUUGCUAUAUGCUAUCUUCACAAGUGGAAGCACCGGCAUGCCCAAGGGCUGUCUCAUGCAGCACAUGAACUUCAGCAGUGCAGUACUUCAUCAGCGAAGUGUUCUGAGACUUGGCAACAGCUCGCGUAUGUACGACUUUUCAUCCUACGCGUUUGACGCCUCGUACUGGAGCGCUUUCCACGUUCUUACCGCUGGUGGAACACUAUGUAUCCCGAGUGACGAAGAAAGGAAGAAUGACCUGACAGGAAGCAUCCGGAAGUUUUGUGCCACAGACAUCUUUCUCACCCCUUCAACGGCACGUUUGAUCGACUCUUCGCAAGCUCCAACGCUACGAAAUGUUCAUCUAGGAGGGGAAGAAGUCACAAAGGAUGACGUUUUACGCUGGCUACCAUAUGCGAACGUGUUUGUAUCCUACGGCCCAGCCGAAUGCUCUGCAGGCACCUUAUACUAUAGCGUGCCGGAUCCGAUGCCGUCAAGACUGUCCAUUGGCAAGCCAGUAGGAGUCGUUGCUUGGAUUGUCGAUCCGGAAUGCAGUGAGCGCUUAUCACCAAUCGGGACAGUUGGGGAGCUCUAUCUGGAGGGGGCUUUGGUUGGCAAAGGCUAUUUGGGUGACCAGGAGAAGGCAAAGGGCGCCUUUAUCGAAGACCCUGAAUGGCUUCGCAACGGAAGUCCGUCAGGAGCUAUACCUGGAAGGCGUGGUCGGUUAUACAAAACAGGUGAUCUUGUGAGAUACGACCCUACUGACGGGUCCUUCAUCUUUGUUGGGAGAAAAGAUACUCAGGUCAAGCUUCGAGGGCAGCGCAUUGAGCUCACUGAAGUAGAGCACCAUAUACGCGACUGCUUGCCUACCAGCCUAGGAGUCCAAACCGCCGUUGCAGAAGUCGUGACGCCCAAGGCCACUGGGAGAACAGCAUUGGUCGCGUUUCUGCAGAUGGGACCGACCGAGGAGGAAAUCAAUAUCAGGGAUACUCUAGAUGACUUGGAGUACGAUUUGCGACAGCGAUUACCAGCAUAUAUGGUGCCCACAGCCUUUAUACCUCUGGAAUACAUCCCACUAAGCUCGAGUGGCAAAACAGAUCGGAAGAAGUUGCGUGUCUUGGGGUCCAAGUUGACGCUGGACCACUUUGCAUGGCCGGGGGAAUCUGCAAGUAGCGGCGAUUCGCAGCUUACUGAGUCGGAGUCUUGUCUGCAAGAAUUAUGGAUGGCUGUGCUGGGGGUUUCGGCGGAAAAGAUUCGGAAAAGCAGUAGCUUUUUACGACUUGGAGGAGAUUCAAUAUCUGCCAUGAGAUUGGUCGCUAUGGCUCGUACCCAAGGAUUCAACCUGACGGUCCGAAACAUCCUCGAGGCGGCACGACUCUCUGAAAUGGCAAAACUCAUGACUUCGACAGAGUCAGCAAACCCCGGGGGUUACGAUAAGACACUUGAGCCGUUCUCUUUGUUAAAAAGACCCGACCAGAAAGACCAAACUAUCGAGCGUAUAGGUAAGCAGUGCGGCAUCGAUGGCUCGCAGAUCGAGGACGUCUUCCCGUGUACCGGAGUCCAGAAAUCCCUUCUGUCAAUGACGGCGAAGUCAGAAACUUCAUAUGUCGCCCGAUUUUCUUUGCGGCUGAGGGACGAUGUUGAUAUUGAGCGUCUGCAGUUGGCUUGGAAAAGCGUGAGUGAGACGUCGGCGCCUAUUCUGCGAUAUAGAAUAGUCGAUGCUCCUCAGGAGGGCCUUGUGCAAGUGCAGGUAAGAGAGCCGAUGGAGUGGCAUACCUAUGAGAGCGUCGAGACAUACCUUCAGCAUGACCAGCGCCACUCAAUGGGGCUUGGCAAGCGCCUGACAAGACUCGCGGUUGUCCAAGGCCCCCGGGUUGAAGGGCGUUUCUGUCUCAUCACUCAACAUCAUGCAAUCUAUGAUGGCUACUCCUUGAACCUGCUUCUUUCAGAAGUGUCCAAAGCAUAUGCCGGUAAAAUAAACGACGAUCCCGUGGCCCCCUUUCAGCAGUUCAUCCAGCAUAUCAUGGAAGUCGAUGAUGAGGAGGCAAAAAGGUUCUGGAGUGAUCAGUUUUCGGAGCUGGAGGCAAUCCCAUUUCCAACACUACCCCAUCAGACCUACCGGCCAAAGGCCGACUGUACCGUGAGGCGCCAUAUAAAAGACAUUGAGUGGCAGAAGGGAGAAGCCACUGCCUCCACCAUAAUCCGAGCAGCCUGGUCAAUCCUCACAGCUCGCUAUACCGAUUCGAACGAUGUGAUCUUCGGGGCAAUGGUCACGGGGCGACAGGCUCCGCUGGUCGGCCUCGAUCGCAUGAUUGCGCCUCUCAUCAACGCUGUUCCCGUGAGAGUGAAGAUCGAGCCAAAUGAUACUGUGGAUAGAUUGCUGCAAAGGGUGCAAUCUCACGCAAUCACUACAAUCGCUUUUGAACAAACGGAACUUCUCCAUAUCCGCAGAAUUAAUGCAGACACCGAACGCGCAAGCCGCUUUAACACCCUAUUGGUGGUACAGCCACCGAGCGAGACGGACUAUGCGAAUGAGGGUGAUGGGCUAUUCCAGCACAAGCCUGAAGUAGUCUCUACCCACGAUGGCCUCGACGACUUUAAUCCUAAUGCAGUGAUGGUUAUGUGUCAGUUGACACAGUCCGAUGGCCUCAAGCUAGAGAUUAGCUUUGACUCCAAGGUGAUGGAUGCGCCGCAAAUGGAUCGAAUAGCCCGUCAGCUCGAGCAUGUUUUGCGCCAGAUUUGCGCCUCGAGUACUCGGAAAGUGGAUGAUAUCGAUGUCCUUAGUCCGCAAGACCUCCGAGAAUUGUGGGCUUGGAAUGGUUCGGUGCCCGCCGCCGUCCAAGACUGCGUUCACGAUUUGAUUGGGAGAACAAUGAAGCGCCAGCCUCAAGCACCAGCCAUCUGUUCUUGGGAUGGGCACCUAUCAUACGCAGAGCUCGAUAACAUGUCACACCGCCUGGCAUCUCAUUUGAUUUCCCUUGGAGUCACGCCAGGCAGCAUAAUACCUCUCUGCUUCGAAAAGUCCAUGUGGUAUCCGGUCGCAGCUCUAGGGGCCAUGCGGGCUGGCGCGACAGCGAUUGCAAUGGACUCGACUCAGCCGGAGUCACGACUGAGGUCCAUUGUCCAGCAGGUAAGUCCUGCGCUUAUACUGUGUUCUAUGAGCAAUGAAGCGUUGGCGAGCCGCCUCUCCGAUGCUGCCGUGGUAGCCGUUGAUGGUAGUCGCAUUCCGGCGGACGCCUCAUACAUGCUGCCCAAAGUUCAUCCGUCCGACAUCUUAUACGUUGUCUUCACCAGCGGAUCGACGGGUGUGCCGAAAGGUAUCCUAACAACACAUGAAAACUUUGCCUCCGCGGCGAUACAUCAGCGGGACAUCCUGCAUAUACGCACCGGAACCCGCGUCUUCGACUUUGUGUCAUAUAGCUUCGAUGUCUCCUGGUCCAACCAUUUGCAAACAUUAAUUUGCGGAGGCUGUCUGUGUAUUCCUUCGGAGUGGGAGCGCAAGAAUGACAUUUCGGGUGCUCUCAAUAGAAUGGAGUGCGAUUAUGUUUACUUCACGCCAUCGGUGGCCCGAGCCUUGGCGCCAUCCUCAAUGCCAGGCAUAAGGACCUUGGCAAUGGGGGGAGAGCCGAUCCAGGCCUCUGAAGUAGCGAGAUGGACUCAGGCGGAUACCAUCCUGGGAAUUUACGGCCCUGCAGAAUGCGCUCAAGCACUGUCCUUUGCGUUGCUCGACUCGAAGACACGCAAUAAUUACGUCGGACAUGCGUUCGGUGCGAGGACAUGGCUCGUUCAACCAGGCCAACCUGAUCGCCUUGCCGCGAUUGGCACUGUGGGAGAGCUCAUGAUAGAGGGGCCAACCGUUAGCAAAGGAUAUUUCCAUGAUACCAACAAGACCAAGGCAGCUUAUAUUCAGGAUCCCGCGUGGCUUCUGCGAGGUGGUCGCCACGGGACCCUCUACAAGACCGGCGAUCUUUUACGGUACAACUCGGAUGGCUCUAUGGACUUUGUUGGCCGCAAAGACGGGUUGAUCAAGCUUCGUGGACAGCGAAUCGAGCUGGCCGAAGUCGAAUAUCAUGUGCGUUGCUGUCUAGACCCCGGCUUGUGCGACGGCAUCGCCGCGGAAAUCCUCGUCCCGCGAAACAGUCUCAACCCGAUCCUAGCCGUUUUCUUCAGUCUUCGAAGAGAUGACCCAAGCGAGUCCGAGGACGAUUUGCACAUGGUACCUGGAGCAUAUAUACAUGUUGAGAAUAUUCCCAUGACGACAACGAAUAAAACCGAUCGCAGAGCGCUGAGAGAACUGGGAAGCAAGCGAACCCUUGAGCAGCUGGCCAGAUCACAAUCGCGGGGCAAAACGAGCCACAUGCCGUCUACUGUAAUGGAAAAGAAGUUGCAGGCUUUGUGGUCUUCCGUUCUCGAGAUCAAUGCCGAAAGUAUCACUGCUGACAGCAGCUUCCUUCACAUCGGCGGCGAGUCCAUUGCCGCGAUGCGCUUGGUAUCGGCGGCGCGCGAGCAAAAUUUGUCCUUGACUGUCGCGGACAUAUUCAAGGCGCCUCGUCUAUCUGAAUUGGCGUUACUGGUCGACGAGGUCGUCACAGACGAACUUCCCGAGUCGGCACCGCCGUUCGCUUUUAUCAAAACCGACAGCAGUCAUGCUUUCAUCGAGAAAUAUGUCAAGCCAGUGCUGGACGUUGUGUAUAAAUCCGUCAAGAACGUGUUACCCGCGACGGAUUUCCAACAGCGCUCAAUUCAAGAUGCCCUCGAAGAUCCGCCAAGCAGAUACCCUCACUGGAUUUUCGACUUGCCUGUGGACAUCGACUUUGUAAGGCUUGAGCGUGCCUGUUUAGAACUUGUGGACUAUUUCGACAUUCUGCACACCGUUUUUAUCCAGGCUCAGGGUCAGUUUUGGCAGGUCUUAUUGUCGGGCUUCAGGCCAACAUACGAUCAUGUCGACGCACGCAAUGAAGACAUAUUGACAUUCACAAACGGCAUUUGCGAGCAGGACCUCAAAAGGCCACGGAGCCUAGGUCAGUCAUUCAUUCGCUUUAUCAGCGUCCAACAUUCUUCCGGCAAACACAAACUUGUAUUCAGAAUCUCGCAUGCCCAAUUUGAUGGUUUCAGUUGGGGAUUAGUUCUCCAAACGCUAUCAUCUAUCUAUCAGCAGCAGCAUAUGCCAGCUACGCCGUCCUUUGCUGAGUACAUUUCGCUCAAAGAAGCGAAAAAGAAAGAAAGCGAGCUGUACUGGACCUCUAGACUCCGGGGCUCAAAAUUCCCAGCAUGGAGCUCUAUCAGUCCAGCACAUGAGACGUAUACAACCGACGAUAGGCUGACAAUAAAGAAGACAAUUCCAAUACCGAAUAGUCAGAACCAUGGAGGUUUCACGCCGGCGGUUGUAUUCCACGCGGCCUGUGCAAUCGUCCUAUCACGCCAGUUCGGACAAACGGAUCUAGUCUUUGGUCGUCUUGUGACUGGCCGUUCCAUGCUACCAAGCCGUCUUCAAAACGUCGUUGGCCCCUGCAUGACAGAGGUUCCAGUACGAGUGACCCUAGACUCGAAUAGCGCGCUCACAGACGUUGCCUCGCAACUACACAGCCGAUUUAUCGAGGACUCAUUACAUGAAGCCGCAGGAAUGGUUGAGAUUAUCAAGAACUGCACUGACUGGCCUGACAAUGCAAUGGAUUUCGGUUGGCGGACUUCAUUCCAGCAAGAAGAACAAAGUGAUUUCUCAUUCCUUGGAUCGCGUAGCGCUAUCUCAUUUUACGAGCGGCCACUGCUUCCCCGCAGCCGUCCGGAGAUUUAUGCUACACCACGAGGAGGCAGCCUUGAUCUUGAAUUUGAAGGAAAUUGCAAACUUAUCUCUAAAGCUGUUAUAGAAGACAUUUUAACAGAGCUUGAGUAUAUCUUGCAGUAG